AUGAGUUCCUCUUCCGGUUAUGUGAAAGCUCAAGCAAACAGAAAAUCCCCCUUCGCCAUUCAGUGCCCGGAAAGAGUCUGUGGGGAAACCCUGGGCACCGCCCUGCAGACGAGAUCGUUGGCCCGUGGAGCUGUCAAGCCGAGGCGCUCGGUCAUGUCAACGUGCCCGCACCCCUCAGGCAGCUUCCAGUCAAAGCACUGCACCGUUGUCCCAAUUAUAACAAUGAGCUCCUGUAUGGCGAGCAGCAUCCCCGGGCAGCCCCUCCUGCAUGCCCGUCCCGAAAGGCAGGAGCUCAAAGUGCUGCCCCUUGAUGUCUAUGGAGCUUCCGAUAAACCUCUCAGGCCGAAACUGCAUUGGGUCCUCCCAGUAGUCGGGGUUCCUCCCCAUGGACCAGAUGUUGACGAAAAGGAGGGAGUUGGCAGGGAUGGAGUGGCCGCCCACCACAGAGUCAGAGACGGACUUCCUUGGAAUCAUUGGGACGGGUGGGUGGAGACGGAACAUCUCCUUCACCACUGCUUGAAGGUAGGGCAAAUUGGGCCAGUCCGACUCCUCAACCAGCCGGUCAAGGCCCACCACUUGGUCAAUCUCGUUCUGGGCCUUCCUCAGCACAUCCGGGUUGUUGAUGAGCUCUGCUAUGGCCCACUCAGUCGCAAUGGCUGUUGUGUCCGCAAAAGAAAGGCUUCUUUGAAUGGUGCCCCCUUCAAAUUAGUCCCAGUCCUGGGCCCUGGACCGUCGCCCAGGGGCCAGGGCUGCUUUCUUCCUCUCAAAUCUGCUCGAAUCUCACGACAAAAGAAAAGCCGCGAUCCCUCUUCUCUCUCAUGCAAAAAGCCCGACACGCUCAUCUCUCUCGUUGAAACCCUUCCCGUCAUCAUCUCAUUUCUCCUCUCGCCAAAUCGCUGCUCUUCCCCGUCUAAAGAGUCACCGACGAGUCGUCCUCCCACUGAGCAUCAUCGUGCCAUCACCCAUCUGCUCCGGGACGACCACCGCGAACAGCAACUCCUCCGCGCCGCGGCCAACUUCCUCACGCCGCGCCUGCAACUCUGUCAAGCCGCGGCCAAGCCCUUCACGCCGCGUCAUCGGAUCCCUUCACGCCACGACUAA